AUGUCGGACGCCGUUACUAUCCGUACCAGGAAGUUCAUCACCAACCGUCUCCUUGCCCGCAAGCAGAUGGUCGUUGACAUUCUCCACCCCAACCGCGCCAACAUCUCCAAGGAUGAGCUCCGCGAGAAGCUCUCCGGCAUGUACAAGACCGACAAGGCCGUCGUUUCCGUUUUCGGUCUCCGCACCCAGUUCGGUGGAGGCAAGACCACCGGUUUCGCCCUUAUCUACGAUUCCGAGGAGGCCCUCAAGCGCUUCGAGCCCAAGUACCGCCAGGUCCGCGUCGGCGCUGCCGAGCCCCGUGGUGCCCACUCCCGCAAGCAGAUCAAGGAGCGCAAGAACCGCUCCAAGAAGCUCCGCGGUAUGGAGAAGGUCCGUGGACCCAAGCCCAAGAAGGGUCAGGAGUAA